GGAGUACCGUAAAACAUUGUAGUCUACUCUAGCAGGUUGGAGCAAGUGAGAGCGACCUGGCAUCAUACUAAUCAAAAAAACUCCUCAGUUUAAAUCUAGAACCAGUAGAUACAUCGGCAUUAUUUGACACACCUGUGAUCAAAGUGAUGUUUUUGUUAUAUAGUGUCUUUCGAGGAGUUUUGUUUUCAUGGCAACAGGAGUGAUCGGGUCUGCUGUGCUUCAGAAAACUACGCUUUUCCUAUGACUUUGUACAAAGGAGUGUCUGUCUGCUCUGCUGCAGGUGGAUAACUGCGCUCAGUUUAUGACAAGGUGAGGCGGAAGCGAAGAAUACACCUGCUUGAUGUUUUCCUGUUUUGAUUCGAUCACCUGAAUGGAUCAAUGUGUGCCUUCAGCUGUUCCAGAUGGACGCUAAAUCCACACAGUGAAUGUUGCAACUAAGGAUGGACCCAAGCUGAUGUCCCAGAGUCCCAUGUCUGCCCUCACUUUGCCCUGCGGGUCACGGGUAGAGAUGGCAGCCUGUCCGGAUGUUCUGGCCAGGCCUGGAGUUGUGGUCAGGAGUGUUAUACUGUUGCUACUGAGCAGUAAUAUUGUCAGGGGGAAUUAUACUAUGCUUGCAAGUGAGAGUCAUUCUAAUAAAACUGAUGGACCCAACAUUGCUGCCAUCGUGACCCCUACAGUCAUGCUGGGUGUCCUGGCCAUAGUCUUGGCUGUUCUUGGCUGGCUCCUCUGCGUGGUGAAAAAGAGGAGACAGACAGAAGGGACGUAUAGACCUAGUGCUGAGGAACAGUCUGGUGCACAUGGUGUGGCUGUUCCGGAUGCUCUAAAGUUACCAAAGGAGGAAAGACUCAUUUGAGAUCUUGUGCUUUAUGUUUUUACAAAAUCCUAUAAGGACAAUCUUUUUUUUUGUGCUGUUAACCUUCAGCUGAUCAAUGAAAGAAACUGCUUCUCAGGAUAAAGAAAGGACAUCUUGCCAGGUUUGAGGCAUAUUGACAUAAUGCAUUUACUUAGCGCUUUCAUUACAAUGAGUGUCCUGCGUGACACUAUGAAGAAAUGCACCUGGAUGAAUGGAUCUCGCUGAUUUUGAGAACAAUUGAACAUUUCAAGGAGGUUUUUGAACAUUUAUUUCGCACAAACUAAGACUUCAGUAUUUUAUUUCUUGUUAAGGUUGCCAUUUACUAUUUAGCUGUGUAUGAUUUGAUACAGUCUUUUAUGAAAUACUGUACAAAUCGUAUUAGUCCUGAUGAGUCCAUUGCAUUUCAAAUCAAGACAAAUCAUUUUCAGCCUAAUAAUAAUACCAAUCUUAUUACAGUUCAAAAACUUUAAUUUAUGUUUUAUAUAGACAGAUGUACAAUACAAAGUUAUGCUGAGAAAUGAUAGUAAGCUAAAUGUUUACACUAUGUAUUCCCUCUGUAGUUAAAUUCAAUCAACGUAACAUGUUUAUUUAUGCUUUUGGUCAAAUAAAUGUUUGCAAAAUAAUUAAACUUCAUAAAGCAUUGA